AUGGCGGCCGACAUCGACACCAAGUACACGUCAGGUGCAGAGCUCAUUCCUUCCAGCGUCGCAGCGGGUUCGAGCACUCAGAGCCAGGUGCUGGCGGCCCCGGUCGUUGGGACGGAAGUUCCCUGGGCGAUGACGCCGGAUACCGCCAAUACCUUCGCCGCCGGAGCGGUUGUGACUGCCAAUGAGGAUCCAGUAAUCGUGGACGAUAGCGUCACGAUCAGCGACACUAAGACGUCACAACCGAUAUUCACCAUUGACGUCACGGAUGCGGACACAACCGACCUCGUGGCGGUUACUUCCGGUUUCAGCGUCACGAAGACUGCCGGAAGUUCCCUUUUCUCUGUGUUUAAGAAUGCCACGGGAUAUUAUAUUCGCAGCGGCGCCUCCUUGAGCGCCGGAAUUUAUCCCCUGACUAUCACCGCCACCGACCGCUGCGGCGACACCGCCACCGGAACGAUAACAGUCACCGUCACGAAUACCGCCCCGGUCUUUGUUCCGGUUUCUCUUCAAACCAUUCACCCGACCCCGAUCAGUGACGUAACGACUACGGCUAGUUCUCUCUAUACAUUUGACGUAACGGACACGAAUCCAAUAACGUGCACAGUCGAUAACACCAAGUUUGAAAUCAAAACGGUUGGAUCAGCCUACGAACUUUGGCUGAAGGCGGGGUCAGCGAGUACGCUGAAUCAUGACGUCACCGCUGAAGAAUCCAUGACGAUCACGUGCAGUGACGGGACGGACCAAAUCACCAGCAGUUACAAGGUGGACAUUUCGGACGCGGUCCCCGUUCUAACCAAUUUUGCCGGUACUUCCGGUCCGCUGGGAGACCUAUCGCCAGUGGGCACUUCUGUUCACCAGUUCACCGUCACCGACCAGGAUGACGCCAUUUCCUGUUCCAUCAACGCGCCGGAGAGCGCAAAGUUUGGCAUCACUAAGGUGGAUACCGCUACCGGAGCUCAACGGUUCGACGUCAUGACGAUUGCCACGCUUGAUUACGACUCUGCUACGAGUUACACGAUCACCGUCACGUGUACUGACGCUAUCAACCCUUUGACGUCAUCAAGGACCAUCAACUUAGCAGAUGACAAACCCGUUUUCUCCGGACUUCCGGCUACGUUGUCGCCGGCACGGAACGACGGCUUUCAGACGGCGACGUCACUUCGCACGUUUAGCGUCACGGACGCGAACGACCAGAGUAUUAUCACGUGCUCUAUACAGCCGCCGAUGGACAGCUUCUUCAACCUGGUUCCCGGCACGGCGCCGACAUUUGCGAUCUGGGUCAAAGCCGGCGUGACGUUGGACGCAGCGUCAUCACCUCUCCUCGUAAACGUCCAGUGCGUUGACGACAGAUCGCCGGCGAAUACCAUUACCGAAACGUUCACUGUUCCCUUACUUGACAAGCCUCCGACGUUCGUUUCGGGAAUUCCCGCAACAUCUCCGUCUAUUUCCGACUCGACCGUCAUCGCGACGUCACUUGGUGUAUUCACCGUUACCGACCCCGACACGACGUGCAGUAUUACGUCACCGGUGACGUCAGUGUAUGAGAUCAGACCAUUGACGUCACCGGCAGAUCCUCAAAAGCCGGAGUUCCAAGUGUGGAUCAGUGCCGCCGUUACUCAAGCGUCUAUAGACUUCAAUGACCAGGCGGUUCCGUUGCCGUUGACGAUCACGUGUACGGACGGAAACACCGCCAUCACGGGAACGUUCAGCGUCAACAUUGUUGACGAGCCGCCGGUGAUAUCAGCACUUCCGGCGAGCGGAACGGCUAUCAACGACGGUCUACAGACGACCGCCGCAAUUCUACACACGUUCAGCGUGACAGACAGCGAUGACGCCGUAACGUGCUCCGUGAGAACGCCGCAAAACGCCCGUUUUGAAGUGGUAGCCGCCACUAGCCCAGCGUUCAAUAUCCGCGUUAAAGCGGGGGCGACUUUAUCGGCCGCCGAUGGACCUCACGUCAUAAACGUGGAUUGUACAGAUAGCGUCAACACCGUCAGUUCGACGUUCACACAGCCAGCCUGUAUUAAUACGCCGCCGACUUUUGUCUCCGGCAUGCCUGGAAGUUCAGCCAGCAUCUCUGACGCCACUGUCGCCCCGACGCUGCUCGGAAAGUUCACAACUACAGACCCUGAUACCACGUGCUCUGUGACGUUACCUGUAGCCUCUGCGUAUGAGGUCAGAAAAGUGACGUCACCGGUGAAUCCUCAACAACCGGAGUUCGAAGUGUGGAUCAAAAGCACCGUAACUCAGACGUCUAUCGACUUUAAUGACCAGGCUGUUCCGUUGCCGUUAACGAUAAGAUGUACUGACGGCAACGUCGCCAGUGAUAUCACGGGAACGUUUAACGUCAAUAUUGUCGACGAGCCCCCGGUUAUUACUUUACUACAUUCUACCGGAAGUUCCAUCAACGACGGUUUGCAGGCGGCCGCGGCGACUCUCCAUACGUUCAGCGUGACCGACAGCGACGACCUUGUCACGUGCUCUAUACAAGCGCCGGAAGCCACCUUUUUUGAAGUGGUACCCGCAACUAGCCCAGCGUUCAAUAUCCGCGUGAAAGCAGGAGUGACGUUAGUUGCAGCUGUUAGUCCGUACGUCGUGAACGUUGAUUGCACAGAUGCCGUAACCGUCGUCAAUUCAACGUUCACACAGCCCGUACUUGAUAAGCCACCGACAUUUGUGACUGGAAUUCCCGGAAAUUCCCCUGACGUCUCAGACGACACCGUGAUUGCGACGUCAUUGGGGAAGUUCACAACUACGGACCCGGAUACGACGUGUUCUGUGACGUCACCCGUGACAACAGUCUAUGAGAUCAGAAAAAUUGCGUCACCGACCGAUCCCCAGAAACCGGAGUUCGAAGUGUGGAUCAGUAACGCCGUUACCCAGGCGUCUAUCGACUUCAAUGACCAGGCUGUUCCGCUGCCGCUAACAAUCAAGUGCACAGACGGAAACGUUGUCAAUGACAUCACGGGGACGUUUAACGUCAACAUCGUCGACUCGCCACCGGUAUUCACCGCACUGCCUGCGACCGGAACAAACAUUUUCGACGGUCUCAAACCCGCCACCGAGACCCUUCACACGUUCAGCGUCAUCGAUAGCGACGACGCCGUUAUGUGCUCUGCAAGAUCGCCGGAAAACGCCCUUUUUGAAGUGGGCGCCGGCGUUGCACCAAGGUUUACAAUUAACGUAAAGGCGGGGGUAACGCUAAGAGCAGCGAACGGACCUUACGUCAUCAACGUCGACUGCUCAGAUGGCGUCAAUAACGUCACUGCGAAGUUCACACAACCAGUGAUCGAUACGCCGCCGACGUUUGUAUCCGGGAUCCCCGGAAGUUCCCCUAACGUCUCUGACGUCACUGUCACACAGACGUUACUCGGAAAGUUUACGACUACAGACCCGGAUACGGCGUGUUCUGUGACGUCACCAUCCACCACCGUGUAUGAGAUCAGAAAUGUGACGUCACCGGUGAAUGUUUCUCAGCCAGAAUUUGAAGUCUGGAUCUCUAGCACUGUGACGGAAUCUGCCAUCGACUUCAACGACCAGGCGGUGCCGUUGGCGUUAACGAUACGGUGUACUGACGGCAAUCCCGUCAACGUCAUCACUGGGACGUUCAACGUCAACAUCGUUGAUGAGGACCCAGUUCUGACGUCAUUUCCGACGACGUCAUAUCAGUUCCUAGAAGACACUUCCGUCCCCGCCCUGCAACUCAACUCAUUCAGCCUUAAAGAUUCUGAUGACGCCAUAUCCUGUAAAGUGGACCCUGCCACACCGGAAGCGACGCAUUUUGAGAUCAGAGCCGGAACUGUACCAGCGUUCCAGAUUUGGUACAAGGGACGCCCGCCAGCGUCCCUGAACUAUGACGUCACGCCCGUUCAUAACGUCACGAUUAUUUGCGACGACGGUAACGUCUUUAGCGCGAGAUAUCACUACGCAGUGGAACUGGAAAACAGCCCUCCGGUGUUUGUUAACCUCCCUGCGGUUACUUUACCGUCAAUAGCCGAGUCAGUGACGUCUAAAACAUUGCUAUAUACUCUCACAGUAUCGGACCUAGGCGUUCCACCAUGUUACUUGAGCGAUACUGCGCUUGCCGCGGGAAUUCUACCCUUAGAGCAAAGUACUGUGACACCACCAAAUACGCAGUACCUGGUGUACGCCCACAAUCCAGGCGGAUUUGAUUUCGAAGGAAGUUCCGGAGCCGUGAACGUCGAGAUCACGUGCGGCGACUCCGUGUCCACCGUCAAAGAGACGCUGAUUGUGAACAUAAUCAAUACGGCACCGGUGAUCACUAACCCAGGGGGCUCCAGUGACGUCGCUGAGGACGUUAGCGGAACGUUGACGUUAAAGACGUUGGAUUUCGUCACUUUCGAUACGUCUGACGCCACCUGCUCAAUGACGAGCGCUGACGGGGGACCAUUCGCCGUCACUGGCAACCAAAUCGUGAAGACGGCUGGAGCUCUGGACUUUGAGACAAAGGCGACGUAUAAUCUUGACGUCACGUGCACUGACGGCCUUCUUCAAACCACGGAUACUUACGUCGUCAAAGUCCAAAACGUCGGUCCAAAGAUAACGAGUUUGCCGACGGCGUCAACUCUGGACGAGUGGCAGACUGCGGAAAAGCAACUCACGACGUUGACGUUAACGGAGGACGCGGCUGACUGCGUUCAGACGUCACCAACGUAUAACGAGUUUAACGUCAAAUACGAGCCCGCCACAAAAGUAUGGGUGAUCUACUACGUCAGCGAGGCGGUGGCGGGGCGGUCGCUUAGCUACGAUACGAACCCCUUCUACAACCUGCACAUUCAGUGCAGCGACGCCGCGGGGGUCAAAGGGGCGGAGAAGAUUUUCACCGUCCAUAUUAACGAUAACAAAGCGCCGACGAUCGACAACCUUAGCAGGUCGCCUAUUACAAAACUUAGCCUCGUCGCAAAAGACUUCAGCGCUACCGACACCGUGUUUACCGCUACCGGAAGUGACGUGGAAAACGAUAACGUCAUCUACAGUAUGCUGUCCUGUACCCCGAAUGCCACGUGUCCAUUCAUCAUGUCUCCGAAUGGAGACAUAGUAACGAACGCGGAUCUUCAUUCGUACCCUAACAACUCGUUCCAACUCUCGGUUGUGGCAACAGACAAGUAUAACAAGAAUCCGACUCCGUACACCGUCAUUGUGGAAAUAACAGAUAUAAACACUGUGCCAAAGCUGACGAACGUUCCAAAAAUCGACGUUUUAGCCGUCUACGAAAACAACGCCGCCGGUGACGUUAUAUAUGACAUAAAUCACGAGGACCCGGAUGUUGGUGACGUCAUAAAGUACUUUUGCAACUUCAUCGACGGUGGCGCAGAUUAUUUCACAUGCGAUUCUGCAACGGGCGAAAUUCGCGCCAAGUCCGUGAUUAAUUUCGAAAAGGUCAACAAACUCUCGUACGAGGUCGUGAUUCACGCCUACGACGGCUACGGCAAUUCCACGACCGAGACUUUGACGCUGCUCAUCAGUGACGUCAACGAGAAACCGGAAUUCACAACAACGACUUGGACGAUCACGAAAAACGACGAAGGCGGGCCCGGAGAGCAGAUCAGCUGUCCGGACUUUAAGAACGACAUAGAGGACGAAGAUGUGGGCGACGUCCACACGUACAAGAUGUCGUGCCCCCGGGGCCUUGGCGUCUUCGUCAUGGAUCCCCUCACCGGAUGCGUUACCAUGACCAAGGAGUGGGACCUGGACGCGGCCAACAAGCGUCUGGGGGAGGAGACUAUUGUGUGCACCGUGACGGCCACCGACCGCCGUGGACUGACGACCACCGCCACGUUCAAUAUAAAGAUCAAGGAAGAGGACGACAACAAACCCUUCCUGUCGCAGACCUCCUACGUGUACUGCGCGACCGUGGGUUCCACUUCCGGUACGCUGGGUCAGGUGACCUCAACCGACAAUGACGUACUCGACGCGCAUAAGACCAAGAAUUUUGAGUUUGUCGGAAGUGGACCCUUCUACGCAUCCGGGACCGGAAGUCUGACGUACGGUGAUUUGAGCUCUUACGCAAAAGGCACUAAAUUUGAAACCACCCUCAGGGUAACAGAUUCCACCGGUCACUACGACGAAUCCCCUGUCACCAUUUUCAUCUGCGACCCACCGCCACCAGCGCCAUCAAAUCCCAACAGCGCUAGUGGCGCAUCGUCGGCGUCGGCAACUUCCGGCGGCAUAGAUAACUUCCUGUAUUGGCUGAUUCCGGCGCUGCUCCUUCUGGCGCUCAUGGCGGGGCUGGCCGUGUAUCUCAUCCGGCGAUGCAUCCAAGGCGGCCGAUGCGGUUCGUGUUACCAGUCGCGCACCGUGAAGACGAUCCGACCGCUUCAAGACCCAGCAAGGGGCCAGUCCCGCGUGAUCACCGCCAGGGAGGUCGACGAGCGUCAGGCGGUCUACCGCAAGCCCCCCACCCCUUCAACAUCAACGCCUCCGCCACCUCCACCACCGCCACCGACAGAAAAAGGGACAAUCGCUCCGUGCGAGCUUCCUAUCGUCCACUACCACGCACGUGAUGUGGGGAAUCUAGGUGCUAUGUACCCGAAGUAUUGAGAUCAGUAAACAGCGAUCUCCGUGACUUUUCGUGAAUCUUCGGAAUGUUAUCUUCAGACUAUUAAGAGACAAUUCCAUGACUUUUUGAAAAUCUUCGGAAUAUUAAAAAAAAAUUUUUUUCAAACCAAUCAAACCGGAUCGUUAUGCGUUUAAUUUCCAAUGUUUAAAAAUAUAUUUUGGGUUUAUUGAACGCUUAUGUCGAAUACAAGUAUACACAAGACUUGCUUAAUAUUUGUAAAUGACAUCGUUACAAAAUAUAAUUUACUUGAUGA